UGAUCGGAAAUGCUGUUGACAGGCGGGAACUUGAAAGUUUGAGUAGGUUUAGGUUUGACAAUAUUCCCGUUUUAGCGCCGUAAACUGUUUUUAUUGAAUUAAAGAGGCAUUUUUCGUGGGAGCACGCUUUAGCUUUAGCUCGUUACCAGCUGUUAUUUGUCAGGAUGGCAGACAGAAAUCUUGUUCAGGACUUGAAACGUUGGGCGACAGAGGAGUUUGGGCUGUCCCCGGAUAGGCUGCCUAAUGACAGCUAUUUUAAAACACUCUGUGUUGGGACGGGGAAGUCGAUAUGGAAAUAUGUCAUCCAGCAUGUUUUCCAGCAAAGGAAUGUGAGGAUCAUGCGUGGCAAUCUUCAGUGGUAUAAAUCGCUUCAAGACAAAGAGUCUUGUCAGGCUGAGGGCCAGAGUGAGGCUGCAAGGCGUAAAGAUCUCCAGAAGAAGAUAGAGCAGCUGAAAGAAGAGAUUAGUCACCUGGACUCUCAGAUGAGUGUUACAGAGGAGCAGAUGGCCACACAAGGUACUGAGUUACACCUUCGCGAUGUGAGAGAGCUGUGUGACGACAGGGUCCACUUCUAUCAGUCUUUACAAGAGUGCGAAUCGAAAACACAGCACUCUGCUGCCACACAUAUGACCCGUGAGCAGAGGACUGCUGUAUUCCAGUACUGGCUGAGUGCUGUUGAGAACGUGUUGGGUGCUUACCCUCCAAACCACGUUCUAUCAGCGCUGCAGUAUUUGGCUUCAAGAGAGCAGAAGGUGUUGGAGGAGAAACUGUCGUCUCUGGACGUGACACGGGAUGUAACAGCUCUGCAGUUCCGCUAUGAAAGCGAUCACCUUCUGGAUAUGUCAGCAGAAGAGGAAAAUGAGUUACCACCAGUUAAAACCCUCUUAGAGGCUGCUUGGGAAGAAGUGGAGCAGAGCUUGGUGGAACUGGCCCAGACUCGCUCCAGAGUCCAGCAGCUCAAAAACCAGCUGCAAACCCGUAAGAAGGACGCUGAGCUCGAGGUGUCCAGUAUUAGAGAUGAGCUCCAGGAUGAUUCCUUGGCACUAUCGGCUCUCGAGGUGGAACUGCAGUGUGUGAUGCAGGCAGCCGCCAGGGAUCAUAUCAGAGACCGCUGCAUCCAACUGGACCAACAUGCCCAAAGUCGACAGGAGGCGCUAAGAAGCCUUCGCAGCCAGUGGCAGAGCAUACUGGACUUCAGACAACUAGUGCUUCUCAGACAAGAGCAGAUCAGAGGUCUGAUUAAGGGGAACUCGACAGCCAAGACGCAGCUGAUUCAUCUUCACAGAGAGUUAGAGGAAUUCAUCCAGGCAAGACUAGUGCCACAGUUUGAAGAUGUGACCACUGCAGCCAACAGUCUAAGGAACGCUGUGUCUAAGGAGGCCAGACAGAUGGGAACAGUUUCACUUCUUUCACUGGACCGCAGAACUAUCGAAGGUAAGCAACGAAUUCCUGCAUCGUGGUUGUCCAUCCAUCGCUUGCAGUCCCCGACCUUCAGCAGUGUGUGUCAGAGUCUGGCAUUCCCUCUGUACAAGGCUCCGGAGGAGUUGUGUUCCCGAUCUCGCUCACAACAGCUUGAGCUGCGUUUUCUUCGUCAGCUACUUCAGCUUCACUCUGCCACUCUGCAGAAGAUAAAGAAGGAAGCGGAUCAGCUGGAGGCGUCUGAUCAAAAAGCUCUCUUGUCCAGAGUCAUGGAGGAGGACCAAAAGCUUCUUAAGUCUUUGGUACCAAAAGUCCGAGGGCUCACUCACCGCUGUGCACAGGGCCUUUCUUAUGGGGACCAAGUCAAAGCCGCCAUCUCUUAUUGGUGGGAAAGGUCGGCCCAGCAUGUCCUUCCCGAGGUCAGUAAAGGAGGACUGACUUUUCAGCAGUGGUUACAAAGGUGGAAACUAGCAGCCAAGUCCCCAUAGAUUAACACUGUGAUGGAUUCCUUUCAGCACCUUUCAGUGGUAGAAUGAACACUGUUGUAGAUAUUUAAUGCACAAAUUGUGUUUGUUUUUUCUGUCAUUUGUCAUCAUUACUCCUAAUGUCUUACCAUGUGUAAAUGAGUCACUAAUAAACCCUUUCGAAGCAAAAUAGUUGUUCCUUUCUUCUU